AUGGAGAAAGUCGAUCCAGUAACUGCGGCCAAGACAUAUUCUCUUAAUUUGCAGCGUAUUCCUUUUCGAGACAUUCUGUCGUGGAAUCUUCUUAUGACGGAGUACAAACCUGAUCGAAUUAUGGAAAUCAUUGAGAUGUUGUCUCCGAAGAACAUGUUCUACGUUGUAGCUGCCAAGCAGUACAGCGGUCAGGAAAGCAACAUUCAGGAGCCGAUUUUUGGGACAGAAAUGCGAGUCGUAGAUAUAGAUGAGAAACAGGCGAAGGGAAACGAUCAUCCUUCACCUGAAAAGUCCGUACAAGAAGGCGGACAGAUGAGAAUCCGCUCGUUAUUUUUUGCAACAAAUGUGAGGCGUGAAGCAGGCAAGUACACAUUGGCAACACAUGUCAUGCAGAUUGAAGCAGCUCUGGUCAUGGCCUGCGCCAUUGCGAUUUAA